CGAACACGGAGUCCAGCAUAGCAGAUGUGGGAAGGGGAGCGGAUGACAAUGAGCCAGGGGAAAAGUUCCGCCGGACAGCAUUUGUGGGCACAGUGGAACGAAUUCUGGCAGAGAUCAUCCAGCAGCCUGUUUAAAAGGAAGAGACAAACGCCACUUUGACAUAGAUUCCCAUUUCUACAAUAUCCAGUGAUUUAAUGAGCGCAGCCCUCAGACCGACGGUACUGAUGUCUUUCUCUACUUUCCCUGCUGCUUGCUAGAGUUUGGUCCCACCCCUAUGCGAAACGCGUUGUCGCCAAGGAAAAAAACUUAUUCAGUCCUCUUUUUUUUGCCUCUCCCCGGCAUCAAGUGCAAUCCACAACGCGGAGCCUGGCUCCCACUUCCCACUGCCCUUUUGGUGGACGGGAUUUCAGAGGGAGCGGACUGUCGCCCACUGAUAAGAAUACCUCGGGGAUGAAGUUUUAAAUUCUCUCUCCUCUCUGGGAUACUACUGAAUAAACAAACAACCCACUGCGGAUAUAUUAUAUCCAUCAAUCGAAUGCUAUCAGGCCUAGGAGCUUGGUCAGUACAAUGGGCCCCGUACCCGUGUGUGUCCUGCUCUCAGUGGCGCUGUGCGUCCUGGCCGCAGUGCGGAGUGUGAGCGCGGAGGAUGCCGUCGGCGGCGAUGACGACUAUACCUGGCCGCAGUGGUCUGUGCCUCUGGUGCGCGAGAAGCGGACAGUGCACCUGAGCAACCCGGCCUUCUCCGCGCCCCCCCAGGCCGAGCUGCACGGCACCUGCGGCAUCGAGUGCCAGCGGGGCCUGCCGGACCCCAGCGUGUCCGAGCUGGAGCGCCUGCUCUCUUACGAGACGGUCUACGAGAACGGCACGCGCACGCAGACCACCAUCGCCCUGCAGGGGCUCAACGAAGCCACCAGGUCGGCCUGGCCCGGCGUCGACUCAUCCGCCCGCUCGCGCCGCAAGCGCGAGGUCUACGGCGUGGACACGCGCUUCACCAUCGCCGACAAGCAGUUCUCUACCAAAUACCCAUUCUCCACCUCCGUGAAGAUCUCCACGGGCUGCUCGGGCGUGCUGGUGUCCCCCAAGCACGUGCUGACCGCCGCCCACUGCAUCCACGACGGCCACGACUACGUGAGCGGCGCACAGAAGCUGCGCGUGGCCGUGCUGAAACAGCGCUCGCGGCGCCGCGGAAAGGGAGGCGGCAAGGGCCGCGGCCGCGGGAAGGGGCGCAAGAGAAAGGGCGGACGAGAGGAGGACAACGCCAUCGAUAACGACGAGACGGACGACGAAGACGCAGAGGAAGGGCAAGAGGAAGGGAAAGGCGAGAGGCAGGGCAGACGCAGGGGAAGGAAGGGCCGCAGCCGCAACCGAAGGAGCGCGGACGGCGGUCAGCCCUCUUUCCGCUGGACCACCGUAAAGCAGACGCAGGUCCCCAAGGGCUGGUUCAAGGGUGAGUCCAAGAACGUCUCGGCCGACUACGACUACGCCAUCCUGGAGCUGAAACGAUCGCAGAAGACCCGCUACAUGGACCUAGGCGUCAUCCCCUCCAUCAAGAAGCUGCCUGCCGGACGCAUCCACUUCUCAGGUUUCGACGACGACAGACCGGACCAGCUGGUGUACCGCUUCUGCUCAGUCUCCGAGGAGUCCAACGACCUGCUGUACCAGUACUGUGACGCCAAGCCGGGCUCCAGCGGCUCCGGAGUCUACAUCCGCCUGAAGGAGCCAGGCAAGAAGCGCUGGAAGCGGAAGAUUGUGGGCGUCUUCUCCGGGCACCAGUGGGUGGACGUGAACGGUGCCCAGCAGGACUACAACGUGGCCGUUCGCAUCACGCCCCUCAAGUUCGCUCAGAUCUGCCACUGGGUCCAUGGAGACUCCAGCAUCUGCCAGGCCACCUGAGCGCCGGUUUGGGUAACCACCAAACGCUUCCCCCACAUAGUGCUCCUUAUCCCUCACUACAUUUCCGACAGGAGUGGAAAACUCUGGCUUCAGAAAGUAAAAGCCUUACCACAUAUUGGUUUUACCUGUUCACUUAACACAGGUGAUUUCACUACUUAGCUGAUCCACCUGGCUGAGUUGUGCUAACCAGAAUGAGCUGGUUUAGUGAAAGGUUGGAACACAUCUGUGGUGGGACUUUUACUUUCUAAAGCCGUAUUUUUGCCUCCCAUGCCUCCUCUUCACCCCCCGAUAGAAGCCAGACUUGGGAAUGGAUCUGGCCCGACGCUGUUUCUGGAGUCAGCUGCCAUCUUGGGCAGUAGUCCUCAACAUUCCUGGCAGGUCACCACCGCCUCGUUGCAUCGGUUGCACACCAGUGACUACAGACAUUUCUGUUGAUAAUAACAGAACUCUUCAAGAGAUAAGAAGAAGAAGAAGAAGAAGAAGAAGUUUCUUCAGUUGUUGUUUUUAUUUAUUUAAUUUCAAAAAACAAACACGCUUCUGAAAAAAAUCACAGUGCCAAGACUAGUUUGUUCGCUCUUUCAGUGAGUUUCAGUGAGCUUUUGAUAGCUUUUCUGCACUGAAGCGUUUGCUCUUUUUUAUUUGUUUUUGUCAGCCUGCAUCCUCUGUUCUCCCUCUUAAAGAUUACUCAGUCACAUCGUAAUCAGUGUUGCUUUGUAAAAAAGAGAGGCUUUUACUUUUUUUGACUGACCUUCCACUUUUUGAAUUGAUAAUAUAGGUAGGUGAUGGCUUUAUAAAAAUAUGACACAGAAAAAUGUCUUUUUCUGAGACAAUAAAAAAAUACUUGGUGUA